GUCGGUAGUCACUAAAUAUUAAGAAAUGAUAUUCCAUGUUCGAUGGGCAUGGGAUGAUGCUUAAACCCUUAUUAUACCUCAAAUUCAUCUUACUGUAGUAUCCUUCAACUACUGACAAUGAAGUUUUCCGCAGCGAAAUUCGUCAAGCUCCUACAAAUCUCGCCUGCCGCAAAACCCACUUCUUCCCCGGUGAUUGGUGUACAGAGAGCUUCCAGACAAUUAUUCUCAACCGGCACAUUUCAUGGUGAAGCUAAUGAUUCUGACGGGAUUGGCAGUGUAGAAAUUGAAGAUGUUGAUUUUCUACCCGAGAGGCCGGAGAUAAAGCUCCAUGGAGUUGAUCCCCGAAAAGGAUGGAAUUCUCGGGGUGUCCACAAGGCGAUUAUAUGUGGCAAAGUUGGUCAAACUCCUGUCCAGAAGAUAUUGAGAAAUGGGAGGACAGUAACUAUCUUUACAGUUGGAACAGGCGGCCUAUUUGACCAGAGAGUAGUAGUAGACCAGAGCUUACCGAAACCAGCCCAGUGGCAUCGUAUCGCAGUACAUAAUGAUAUGCUUGGUGCUUAUGCGGUGCAACAACUUACCAAAAACUCUUCUGUUUAUGUUGAGGGUGACAUUGAAACCAGGGUCUACAAUGAUAGCAUCAAUGGGGAAGUUAAAAGCAUACCAGAAGUUUGUGUGCGUCGAGAUGGAAGGGUUCGUCUUAUAAAAGCGGGAGAAAGUGUCAGCAAUAUUUCUUUUGAUGAACUACGUUUAGGAUUGCUUUAGUGGAGUGCAUUCAGUAUGUCAGGUUUUGAGAAUGAGCUUCCUUAAUGUUGAAAAUUAUGAUUUGGAAUUGUGUUUAUUUUUUCAUUUGACGAGAAUCUAUAUCGUAAAUAUGGAUAUACCCAGCGUAUGGUACAUCCAAAUUCCAAAUCAAAUGUUAUGAAUGUAUAUCAGUACGUGCAGUUUGUUCAUUGGCUGUAUGAUGCUUGUGGUAAUAUUUUGAAGUUCUAUUGUUACUUGAUUAAUUUCUCUUUUUGACAAUUGCAAUUGACAUAAAUGUUCUUAAUUUUUCACUAUUUUUUAAACAACUUGCUUGCUUUUA